GUUUCUGGGGCAAAAGGGCCCGCGGAGCCGGCCUUACUUCCGGUGAGGAAGGGAAAGGCAGGAGCGCCACCGGAAGCGAGGAAGGUGCUGUGUAAUCACCCAGCAAGCUGAGGUUCUUGGAUCUCCUAAAAUGCCGGAUUACCUCGGUGCAGAUCAGCGGAAAACCAAAGAAGAGGAGAAAGAAGACAAGCCCAUCCGAGCUCUGGAUGAGGGGGAUAUUGCCUUGCUGAAAACUUAUGGUCAGAGCACUUACUCUAGGCAAAUCAAACAGGUUGAAGAUGACAUUCAACAACUUCUCAAGAAAAUUAAUGAGCUCACGGGUAUUAAAGAGUCUGACACUGGCCUGGCCCCACCAGCACUCUGGGAUUUGGCUGCGGAUAAGCAGACACUCCAGAGUGAACAGCCUUUGCAGGUUGCGAGAUGCACAAAGAUAAUCAAUGCUGAUUCGGAGGACCCGAAGUACAUCAUCAAUGUGAAGCAGUUUGCCAAGUUUGUGGUGGACCUCAGUGAUCAGGUUGCACCUACUGACAUUGAAGAAGGGAUGAGAGUUGGUGUGGACAGAAAUAAGUAUCAGAUUCACAUUCCACUGCCUCCUAAGAUUGACCCAACAGUUACCAUGAUGCAGGUGGAGGAAAAACCUGAUGUUACAUAUAGUGAUGUGGGUGGCUGUAAGGAACAGAUUGAGAAACUUCGAGAAGUAGUUGAAACCCCCCUACUUCAUCCAGAGAGGUUUGUUAACCUUGGCAUUGAGCCUCCUAAGGGUGUGCUGCUCUUUGGUCCACCGGGUACAGGCAAGACACUCUGUGCUCGGGCAGUUGCUAAUAGGACCGAUGCUUGCUUCAUUCGAGUUAUUGGAUCUGAACUUGUGCAGAAGUACGUCGGUGAGGGGGCUCGAAUGGUUCGAGAGCUCUUUGAAAUGGCCAGAACAAAGAAAGCCUGCCUUAUCUUCUUUGAUGAAAUUGAUGCUAUUGGAGGGGCUCGUUUUGAUGAUGGUGCUGGAGGUGACAAUGAAGUGCAGAGGACCAUGUUGGAACUGAUCAAUCAGCUGGAUGGGUUUGAUCCUCGAGGCAACAUUAAAGUUCUGAUGGCCACAAACAGACCUGACACUCUGGACCCCGCGCUGAUGAGGCCCGGGAGACUGGACAGGAAGAUUGAGUUUAGCUUACCUGAUCUAGAGGGCCGGACUCACAUUUUUAAGAUUCAUGCCCGUUCAAUGAGUGUUGAAAGAGAUAUCAGAUUUGAAUUGUUAGCACGACUGUGUCCAAAUAGCACUGGUGCUGAGAUCAGAAGCGUCUGCACAGAAGCUGGUAUGUUUGCCAUCCGAGCACGGCGAAAAAUUGCUACUGAGAAGGACUUCUUGGAAGCUGUAAAUAAGGUCAUCAAGUCCUAUGCCAAAUUCAGUGCUACUCCGCGCUAUAUGACAUACAACUGAGCCCUGGAGGUGUUCGUGAAAACACUUUUCAUUGGAAUCCUAACCUUAUACAGACUUCUUAAUAACCAUUUCAUACACAAAAUAAGUGGUUUUCAAAAUUGUAUGCUUUUUUUCAGAUGUCGUUUCUCUGUGGUACAAUAAAGGGUGAUAUCUAAUGCCGUUAGGCAGAAAA